UAUACUCCGUCCGUAGGAGUAGUAGUCCUGCUCAGUACCACUGUGCCACGACAUACAAUGAUAGACGUGGGGACUAUACAAAGAAAUCAUAUACUCAAUGUUUUUGUUUAAUUUAAGAUCCGAGGGAGUACAUUUUUUAAAAGAAUUCUCCCUUCGUCCUGUACUUUUGCACUUGCGAAUUGACUCCCACUCACUCGCUGGCUAGCUACUUAUAAGUUGCCUCAUUCCUCCGAUCCUCUUCCUCCACUCUCGUCCUCUCGUAGUCGCCUCGCUCCACCUCCAGUCCACUACGCCGCCAUUCAGAAGGCGCGCACCACGACUAACAGUGCAGCAGCAGCAGCAAAACCUCUGAGGCCGUCGAUCGAGAUGUCCGCUCUCCUCGCAGCCGUUCCUUGGCCGGCGCCGUCGUCGUGCGCGGCCGCCGUGGCGCUCCUGGCCAUCGCCGCCGUGUGGCUGCUGUGUUUGAGGCUACUGCCGUUCAUGGCGAGGAGAAGACGGAUGAAGACUGAGGCGCGGCUCCCGCCCGGCAGCUUCGGGUGGCCGCUCGUGGGCGAGACGCUGGACUUCGUCUCCUGCGCCUACUCCCCACAACCCGAGUCCUUCGUCGACAAGCGCCGCCUCCGGCACGGGAGCGCGGUGUUCCGGUCGCACCUGUUCGGGGCGGCGACGGUGGUGAGCGCGGACGCGGAGGUGAGCCGGGCCGUGCUGCAGAGCGACGCGCGCGCCUUCGUGCCCUGGUACCCGCGCUCGCUCACGGAGCUCAUGGGCAAGUCCUCCAUCCUCCUCAUCAACGGCAGCCUCCAGCGCCGCGUCCACGGCCUGGCGGGGGCCUUCUUCAAGUCGCCCCGGCUCAAGCGGCAGGUCACCGCCGACAUGCAGCGCCGCCUGGCCCCGGCCCUCGCCGCCUGGCGCGCCCAGGGCCCCGGCGCGCGCCUCCGCAUCCAGGACCACGCCAAGACGAUAGUGUUCGAAAUCCUGGUGAGGGGUCUGAUCGGGCUGGAGGCAGGGCCGGAGAUGCAGCAGCUCAAGCAGCAAUUCCAGGAAUUUAUUGUCGGACUCAUGUCCCUUCCCAUUAAGCUGCCAGGGACUAGGCUCUAUAGAUCCCUCCAGGCCAAAAAGAGGAUGGCCAGGCUGAUACAGAGGAUCAUACAGGAAAAGAGGAGGAAAAGGAUCAUCGCCGGGGAGGGCGACGGCGAGGCGCCGCGCGACGCCAUCGACGUGCUGAUGGGCGACGGCAGCGGCGAGCUCACCGACGAGCUGAUAUCCGACAACAUGAUCGACCUCAUGAUCCCCGCCGAGGACUCCGUGCCGGUGCUCAUCACGCUGGCCAUCAAGUUCCUCAGCGAGUGCCCCCUCGCCUUGCAACAACUAGAGGAGGAGAACAUGCAGCUCAAGAGGAGAAAAACUGACAUGGGUGAAACCUUGCAAUGGACAGACUACAUGUCUUUGUCAUUCACACAACAUGUGAUAACAGAGACGUUGCGGAUGGGGAACAUCAUCAGCGGGAUAAUGCGCAAGGCGGUUCGGGACGUCGAGGUGAAGGGACAUCUCAUCCCCAAAGGGUGGUGCGUGUUCGUGUACUUCCGGUCGGUCCACCUCGACGACACGCUCUACGAGGAUCCCUACAAGUUCAACCCAUGGAGGUGGAAGGAGAAGGACAUGAUGAGCACCAGCAGCUUCACCCCUUUUGGUGGUGGGCAGAGGUUGUGCCCAGGCCUGGAUCUGGCCAGGCUGGAAGCUUCCAUCUUUCUCCACCACUUGGUCACCAGCUUCAGGUGGGUGGCCGAGGAGGACCACAUCGUCAACUUCCCCACCGUGCGCCUCAAGGGAGGCAUGCCCAUCAGGGUCACCAGCAAAGACAAAAUAUUGCAUGCAGGUUAACCUAGCUGUAUAUGCAAUCAGGUCAAGCUAGAUAUAUAUGGCCAGGUCAAGCUGCUAUAAGUACGUGUUAUAUAUGGUAUUCAUAGCAAGAUCGAAGGAUCCUCCAAAGAGCCAAGCUCUGGAUUAAGCAUUGGUCCAGGCGAAAUGUGUUGGCCAGCUGGCCUGGCUGGCUUCAGCAUGGAGGUAGUUGUACAUAGGUAUGUGUACAGAAGUGUUGUAGGCGAGAAUGAUGUGUAGCUAUAGGGAGCUUAAUUAGCAUUAAAUACUACUCCCCUCUGAUUCUAAAUUCUUGACUCAAAUUUGUUUAAAUAUGAAUGUAUCUAUUCUUAAAAGACGUCUAGAUACAUGUAAUAUUUUGACAACAAUUUAGGAUGGGAAGGAGUAGCUAGCUACCGCUCA